GAUGGCCUGCGGGAUCGUGUCGAACCCGACGGCUGUCCGCACGGGGCAAUUCCACGGUUCUAUCCCGAGUACAGUCCAUCAUCAAGGAAGGCUAAACAUCAGAGGCGUUCAGUCUUGUCAUCCCUCCGCGAAAACUCAGCUGUUUCACGGCCUUGUAGGGUAAUUGCGGCAAGCCGGAGAGAAAAUCGUCGAUCAACCAAUGGCUGAAUAAGUUACUUAGCUGAAAGUUCAUCCGACUUUUGUCAGCUUGCCCGGACACUUUUUGUACUCGGCGACGGCAACGCGUCAACAAUCAUACAGCGGAGGGAGAUGAUGAUUAAUUCCACUUGGGAAUAUGCAAAUCGGGAUGAGGCAAGGGGAAACCGUCUUCAAUACCAGAUGGCUAUAAAAGGCCCCUUUUUGCAUUCCUCGACUCUUGAAGAUUUAUCAUAUUCCAGUUCAGUCCUUAAGAAGGGAGUACAAACCGCUUAUUGUUCAAGCAGUAUGGAGUACUCUAUCUGAUUCCACUUUCCUAUCUGCAACAAAAAACCAAUGUCUGCAAUCAAAUUCCUCAUCACCGGUGCAACGUCCGGCCUGGGCGGUUCCGUGCUUGCUACCCUCUACAAGCACAUUUCUCCCAGCGACAGGUCCUGCAUCGCAGCCGCGUCCUCCCGUCAAGAAGCGUCCGGGAAGCUGCAGAGUGAUUAUCCCGGCAUCCAGUUCCGAACACUGGAUUUUGACGACAAGACGCAGAUGGUGCAAGCCCUGAACGGGGUGGAAAGGUUCUUCUUCGUGUCCAGCCCCGAGCCGGAUAGCCCAAAGAGAGAGAAGCAGCAUGCAAACGUGGUGGAAGCUGCGAAAGAAGCUCGGGUGAACUAUGUGUAUUAUGCCAGUUUGGCCUUUGGCGGGUACGAAUCGAACAGCAAGGUUGGGCUGCAACAGGCCCAUUUGUUGACGGAACGAUUGCUCCAAGAAUCCGGACUGCUCUAUACGUCAGUCCGUAUGGGCGUCUACACGGAUGCCUUCCCCUUCUUUAUCUCGUGGUACCCGGGCACCACGACGAUCUACCAGGCAGCCGACGGGCCAGUGGCACUGACGUCGAGAGAGGAACUUGGCGAGGCCACGGCACAUUUGAUGAUGCGCGACCCUGCAACCCUGUCUUUCAAGAACAACAUCGCUCUCCUCACGGCAUCACGCACGUACACGUUCACCGACGUGGUGCAGGCCGUGGCCCAGGCCUGCGACCAAGGGAUCAACAUCGAAAAGGUAUCCAGAGAAGAGUUUCCGCGCAUCCUCGCCGCAGAAGACGCGAAGGACGGCAGAGGUGGAAAGCCCAAGGAGUUCUUCGAUUCCUGGCUGAUUUUCAUGGAUGCGAUCGCGGCGGGGGAAGCGAAGACGGUGGAUCCGCUGAUGGGCGAAUUGCUUGGGCGAGAACCAAAGGAUGCCAUGCAGCAUGUACCGCAGCUUAUCAAGGAUGGGUUGGACCAGGGAGGGUACACGUGGCAUCAGAAUUACGCGAAGCGUUGAGUGAUCCGAUUUAUAUAUAUAUUUUCUACUCCGUAGCUGAGACCCUUCUUUGUGUUUUUGCCGUCUUCUCGGGCGUGAAUAGCGUUCUAUCGAAGAAUUUUCGGCUUUCGUAGUCUAGCUGCUCAGGCUAGUUAGUGAGUCCUGUAAUCCCAUCGAAGGCUCCUCCAUCAUGCCCUAUAAAAUCUACGCAUCUUGUCUUUUGAGAUUCGUAUCGUGAAAAAUACAAGGAUGUUCAGGAUCCA